GAAUUGUGGAGAGGACAGGGGAGAGAGCACUUCCCCUUUUCGUGAGGCCGUUGAUGUAGAAACCCCAUGACAGGGCCCCCCGGCCAGCACAUCCUGUCCCCUUGUGUCUGCUGUAGGCUCUAUCCUUCCUCCCAUUGGCUCCAGGACGGCACAGGCUCGUGGCCUGGGCCAUGUCUCCCCAUCGCACCAGCCUCCUGGGCCUCGUGCUCUGUCUGAGCCAGAUGACCCACGUGCAGGAUGGGGCCCUGCCUACACCCUCCAUCUCUGCUGAGCCAGGCCCUGUGAUCCCUCGAGGGCAGCCUGUGACCAUCGUGUGUCGGGGCCCUGAUGGGGCUAAGUCAUUCCGCCUGGAGAAGGAGGAUAGACGCUCCUACAGGGAUCAGCACACAGUGUCCCAACUUGAUCCACAUGGGACAGAGGCCAGAUUCCCCAUCACUGCAGUGAGUGACGACUCUGCUGGGCGUUAUCGCUGCCUCUAUCAUGGAAAGUUCAGCUGGUCUAAGCACAGUAACAUUCUGGAGCUGGAGGUGACAGAGGAGGACGUCUCCACUCUGCCCUCAGGCCUGUCGACAGAAUAUAUUUAUAUUCUCAUUGGGGUCUCUGUGGCCUUUCUCAUUUGUCUCUUCCUCCUGGUCAUCUUCUUCCUCCAUCGUCAGCAUCAGAAAAAACUUGGGCUCCCCAGCAGCAGAGGCAAGGAGCAGAGGCCCCAAGAGAGGCUCAGCCCAGAUGCUGACAUCCUAGAGAGGACACCAGAUCUGGCCACAGUCGAUAGUCUUGCUGAGAAGGACAGGAAAAUGCACAACUCAACCUCUGCUGCAGGAGGCCUGCAGGAGGUGACAUAUGCGCAGCUGGACCACCGGAUGCUCACACAGAGAGCGGCCCAAGCCAUGACCCCACAGUCCACGGAGCCCACGGCUGAGUCCAGCACAUAUGCAACCCUUGCCAGACACUGACCCCAGGCCCACCUGGCCUCUGCACCUAAAGACACAGCAAGUCACUCUUGCAAAAGCCUGAAGUGGCCAUUUGGAGGGCUACCCUGUGGAAUCAUCCUUUUCUGGAAAGUCAUCCAGUCAAUUCUCCUGGAGGCAAGAGCUGGAGUCUGGAGACCCCUAAUCAACAUCUAGGAGAUUCAUUAACCAUGUGGUACCCCCUUUAAUCAACUAGCUUAUUGGAGAGAACAUGCAGCACUUGUUUCCAGAGACACAGCUACAGUCGCUAGGCUUUUUCCAGAGACACAGCUAUAGUCCUACAGUCGCCCAAUGAUUCCAGACGUGUCUUAUGAAUCCCCAACUGCCCCUAGAGACUCUGUUUUAAUUGUCUGCUCAACUGACUCUAAAGACUUCCUAGAGUUCAGAUGCUCAUCUUGAACCUAGGCUGUACUUAUGAAGCUGAUAGCUGAGACCCUGUUUUAUGGAUUGUGCUCCACUUUGCUCAUCAAUAAAUGUUUUCACAGGCCCAGCUACAGCAGCCCAGUGUGAGGAGCUGGGGUACACAGGUAGCUUGGUCCCAGUCUCUGCUUCCACAGUAGCUCAAAACUUAGUGAGGGAAACAAGACAGCAAGGAAGGCAGCAGUGUCUUCUGAUCUGAGGGUCUCGGGGAUGAAUGGGGAGAUGUCUGAGGGGAUGUGUGGCCAGGUGAAGGCUGUCUUGACAUGAGUACAGCCAUGUUUGGCCGUUUCAUUGACCUACAGCCACAAGAACACAAAGAAAUAUAAAGCUGCUUUCUGUGUGGUGGGAACUGGCCCUUCUCCCACGGAGAUAGUUGCAAUUUGUAACAUUACAAGGCUCUUUGGGCGUUGUAACUCAGAACGGACUGGCCAUCUGUGCCAGGCUAUGACAAUAACCAGGGAGCACAAUGCACGUACACAACUGCUGGGCUGGGAUGAUAGCCAGGGGGCUCAGUGCACGUACUCAACUGAUAACCAUUUGUGCGUGGGAACACUAAAUGCUUGCUCUGCAAACUCUGUAACUGCUUACUCUGGAAAUUACUGAUGCUAUAUAAACUGCUGGAAACUGAGGCCUGGUGAGAGUCUCACCUGUGGAGGGGACGCCUUGCCCAGGACCUCUGGUGGUCGGAUUCUUGCCUAGCCACGUCAAUUGAAGGGACUCUCCCCGGCAGUGGGGCAUGGAUGUUGUGAGUAACCAAUCUGAUGUGUUUUCUUUUCGGUCAACCUGGUGUUUCUCUUUCCGGUUGAUUUGUGUCAUUUCCCUUCAAUCGAUUUGGUGUUUCCCUUUCCGAUUGAUCUGAUGUUUUCCCCUCUUAUUAUAUGACCUAUUCAAAUCUGCUGCUAUCUCAGUCGAUUUGGUGUUUCCCUUUCUGAUCGAUCUGAUGUUUUUCCCUCUUAUUAUUUGACCUAUUUGGAUCUGUUUGCAGACUAUCACCUUUACUCUCCUCUUAUG